CGUUUUUUACUUUCUUCCAUAAAUAUUCAACCAAACCAAACGCUUUCUAAUUAGGUUCCGUACAGUUCCACACUCGAAAACCAAAAAGAGAGGAAAGCAAAAGAAAAACAGAGUAAUGAGCGACGGAUUUAAGAGAGACUAUCAAGUAAUUGAAGAGCUUGGCCGGGGAAGAUUUGGUACCGUUUUCCGAUGUAUUUCUAAAUCUUGCGGUGGAAACUACGCCGUCAAAAUCAUCGACAAGCGUCGGAUCUCGGCCGGUGAUUCACUCGACGCGGAAUGUCUUGUUAACGAGACGAAGAUUCUUCAUCUCCUUUACCCUCACCCUCACAUUCUCGCGUUGCAUAAUCUCUACGAAGACGAAUCUCACCUUCAUAUGGUUCUUGAUCUUUGUUCUUCUUCCGAUCUCCACCGUCGAAUCACACUUCAGGUUUUUUCCGAAGCUGAGGCGGCUAGGAUUAUGUCACAACUGAUGCACGCGGUGGCUCAUUGUCACCGUCACGGCGUUGCGCAUCGUGAUAUUAAACCAGACAAUAUUCUGUUCGACGAGUGGGAUUCGGUGAAAUUGGCGGAUUUCGGAUCGACGGAAAUGUUUAAGCAGGGAGAAGAGUCGAUGAGCGGUGUCGUCGGAACGCCGUACUACGUAGCGCCAGAAGUUCUAGCCGGAAAAGACUACGGCGAAAAGGUUGACGUCUGGAGCGCCGGCGUGGUUUUGUAUGUUAUGUUAGCUGGUUUUCCUCCGUUUCAUGGUGAAUCGGUUGUUGAGAUCUUUCACGCGGUGUUACGAGCGAAUUUGAGAUUUCCGUCCAGAGUUUUCCAUUCUGUAUCUCCCUCGGCAAAAGACUUGCUUCGUAAAAUGCUAUGUAAAGACGUUUCCAGAAGAAUUUCCGCGGAACAAGUCCUCAGACAUCCAUGGAUAACAAGGUACGCAGAAAACAUGGGAGAAACGGAAGUAGGGUGAAAUUUUGCAAUAAUUGAAGGAAGAAAAGAAGAGAAUAUAUUAUGAUUGAGCCUCAUCUUCUUCCAUUUUCUUUUUUGUAUAGAGGGUUUCGACAGUUGUAAUUAUAAUGAGGGUAUUAUGAUAUAUAAAGCAGUUUAAUUAGUGAAAGAGUUUGUAUAAACUGUUUCAAACUUCUCCGUUGAUUUCUAUAUGCAAAUGGGUGGCCAGAGUUUUAUGUCCAUA